AUCGAUCUUCUACUGGUGCAUUGUUUCGGACCGUCGAAAAUAUGAGCCAAUCUAGCUCCUUGAAGAGGAAACAGCAGCCUACUAUUUCGAGUUUCUUCGGCAAAACCACGUCAUCUUCCGGUGAAAGCACGAACAAGAAGGCCAGUCUCAAUGGGCUUGGACGCGCGAAGCAGAGGAUCAGAGAGGAGGAGAGCAACCUGAGCCCGAGCCCUGAAGAUAAGGGUGAAUAUCUGGACGAUGAAGAUGAGGAUAUUGUGCCACCGUCACGGAAGAGAGUUAAGAGUAGCCGGAUUUCAACGGACGGAGCGAAUGCCGCAGCCAAGGGGAAUGACGACGACCUUUCCCAGAGCCCGCAUAGAAAUGUGCCCGCAUCCUCGCGAACUGAAAGGUUUCGAUUUCAAAGCUCGCCAGUGUCAAGUCUAGAUGCAGAGGGAAGCCAGGUAGAAGGGAGGGAAGCAAUAGACACCGAGAGAGAACGAAAGAGGAAAGAGAAUUUGCAUCAGAAAUUUGUUAGGAGACUGGGUGGACCUGGUUGUCUUCCGUCAUUGGAACAUGGUUCGAAUGCAAAUACCGCAAUGACUGAAGGAGGAGAGGAUGAGGACGAAGCCUUGGACGAGGAGGACGUUGCUCCGCCUCCAUCUACAAAAGCUAGAGGGGCGAGAAAAGCAGCUUCCACGAAAUUGACACCGCUAGAAAAGCAGGUCAUUGAUAUUAAAAACAAACACAAGGAUGCUAUACUUGUUGUAGAAGUUGGCUAUAAAUUCCGCUUUUUUGGCGAGGAUGCGAGGAUUGCGGCGAAGGAGCUAAGUAUUGUGUGCAUUCCGGGUAAAUUGAGAUUUGAUGAACACCCUUCUGAAGCUCAUCUAAAUCGGUUCGCAUCCGCCAGUAUUCCCGUUCACAGACUACAUGUCCAUGUAAAACGCCUCGUCAGAGCGGGUCAUAAAGUCGGAGUCGUUAGACAGCUUGAAACAGCUGCAUUAAAAGCCGCAGGGGAUAAUCGCAACGCUCCGUUUGAGCGGAAGCUUACACACCUGUACACCAAGGGAACGUAUAUUGAUGACACGGAGGAGCUUGAAGGCUUAAAUGCAGUGGGUGCCAACAGCGCCGCUCCUGCUACCGGUUAUUUGCUCUGCAUGACAGAGAGCAAUGCAAAGGGCUGGGGCAAUGAUGAGAAGGUACAAGUUGGUAUCUUAGCUGUCCAGCCCGCCACCGGGAAUAUCAUUCAUGACAGUUUUGAAGAUGGGUUCAUGCGCACCGAGAUUGAAACAAGGCUUUUGCACAUUGCCCCUUGCGAGUUCCUCUUGAUCGGAGACGUGUCAAGGGCAACGGAUAAGCUUGUGCAGCAUUUGAGUGGCAGCAAGAUGAAUGUCUUCGGUGACAAGGUCCGGGUCGAACGAGUUUCCAAGUCGAAGACAGCCGCCGCUGAGUCGCACAGUCAUGUGUCUAGUUUCUAUGCUGGGAGAAUGAAAGCUACAAGUACGACCCAGGAUGAGAGGGCGAGAGACCUGUUAGACAAAGUUUUGAAUCUUCCAGAGGACGUUACCAUCUGUCUCUCUGCUAUGAUCAAGCAUUUGAAAGAAUAUAACCUGGAAAAUGUUUUUGAUCUCACGAAGUACUUCCAGCCCUUUUCCGCCAGGUCACAUAUGCUGCUGAAUGGUAAUACAUUGAUCAAUUUGGAAAUAUACCAAAACCAAACGGAACAAACUUCAAAGGGGAGUCUAUUUUGGACUCUCGAUCGCACGAAAACGAGGUUCGGGCAACGGUUGUUGCGGAAAUGGGUAGGGAGACCUUUAUUGGAUAAGCAAGAGCUUGAGGAUAGGGUCGCAGCGGUCACAGAGCUGAAAGAUUCAGACGCAACCCCUAGGGUUGGGCGAUUAAAGACUCUUCUAUCCAAGGUCAAAACUGACCUGGAGAAAAAUCUUCUCCGCAUAUACUACGGAAAGUGUACACGCCCAGAGCUUCUCACGGUGCUUCAGACGUUGCAGUUGAUAGCAACAGAAUUCUCGCACGUGAAGUCGCCAGCGGAUGCUGGCUUUGAUUCGCCCGUCAUCAACGAAGCUAUCAGUCAACUGCCUGUUGUCCUCGAUGAUGUCGUCUCCUACCUAAACAAAAUUAAUUUGCAUUCCGCGAAAGCUGAUGACAAAUUUAGCUUCUUUCAAGAAUCAGAGGAAACAGAUGAGAUUACCGAACAAAAACUUGGAAUUGGGAGCGUGGAGCACGACCUCGAAGAAUACCGCAAUACGGCCGCCGAAAUUCUGUGUAAAAAGAAGGUGUGCUAUGUCACAAACGCGGGCAUUGAGUAUCUUAUUGAAGUGGAAAACUCGUCGCUUCAAAUGAAGAAAAUACCAGCCUCGUGGCGAAAGAUCAGCGGUACAAAAAAGGUCUCACGUUUCCAUCCACCAGAGGUAGUAAAUUUGAUGAGGGAGCGAGAUCAACAUAAAGAAGCCCUUGCAGCUGCUUGUGAUAAAGCCUUUUUAGGUCUACUUGCCGAUAUCUCUACCAAAUAUCAACCCUUUCGGGAUUGCAUUCAGGCUCUUGCAACGCUUGACUGCUUCAUGUCACUGGCAGCUGUAGCUGCUCAGCCCGGCUAUGUUAGACCUACUUAUGCUGAUGAAGCCCGCAUUAGCGUCCGAGGAGGAAGACACCCCAUGGUCGAACAACUCCUCCUUGACACCUAUGUCCCGAAUGAUACCGAGUUGGGCACUGAUGGAACUCGCGCUCUGCUCGUCACGGGGCCUAAUAUGGGAGGGAAAUCCAGCUACGUUCGUCAAGUAGCUCUGAUAUCUAUAAUGGGCCAGAUAGGUUCCUAUGUACCAGCAGAGUCAGCGACCCUUGGUAUGCUAGAUGCGGUGUAUACUCGCAUGGGUGCUUUUGAUAAUAUGCUCGCAGGAGAGUCUACAUUUAUGGUCGAGCUUUCAGAGACUUCGGAUAUUUUGAAACAAGCUACUCCCCGCUCGCUAGUCAUCCUCGACGAACUGGGCCGCGGCACAUCUACUCACGAUGGGGUUGCCAUCGCGCAAGCGGUUCUGGACUAUAUGGUUCGGGAUAUUCGGAGCCUUACAUUGUUUAUCACACAUUAUCAACACCUAAGCAACUUAGCACGUACUUUUCCCAACGGUGAAUUACGAAACGUGCAUAUGAAGUUUACCGAAAGUGGCAAGGAUGGACAAGACAUUACAUUCCUAUAUGAAGUUGGUGAGGGCGUGGCACAUCGCUCAUACGGGCUAAAUGUAGCCCGUCUGGCAAACAUUCCCUCGUCAGUGCUGGACGUGGCGUAUACCAAGUCUGCAGAGCUUGAAGAGAAGAUCAAACGGAAGAACUUGGAAGGGAUAGCCAAGGGGCUAUCCAGAGUUCUCGAGAAUGGAGAGAAUGAAGGCGAACUGAUGGAGAGGUUGCUGAGUGAGGUCGAGCAACUGUGA